AAUGAUGUUUAUAUAUUUUUGAAAUUCAAUUGAUUAUACAUGAUGUGUUAAUAUUAUUGACAGAUGGCACCACAAACCACAAGUAUAAAGCAAAGAACAGCUGGCAUAACCAUGAAUAUUAUUUCGUUGAUAAACACAGUUUGUAAACAGCAAGAAACCGUGUGACUUUUCAGAUAAAUUUUGCAGUUUUCUGGAGUUUAAGAGAAUAUAGAACGUCGAGUGGUUCUACAGGUAUUGUUGCACAGACUUUACUUUACAGAUGAAGUUCGUGUUGUUGCUCUCUGUGGUCGGGCUGGCCACCUGCCAGUUCAAUUUUGGACGUCGACAGUUCUUCAGGGGACAACGUCCAAGACAAGGAGGUUUCAACAGGUUCCCUCAGCAACAAGGCGGCGCCCAGGCUGACGACGUCCGUGGUGGCAGUGCUUACUACUACUCUUGGAGACACGACGGUGGCAGAAAGUACACUGGUAAUGCCGCUGCCAGCUUGUGUGCCAGUCUUGGCGGUGGAUGGCAAGCCGUGGGAAUCAGCUCCAAUGAGGAACUCAAUUACAUCAACAGCGUUGUUGGCCAAGCAAGACUAGAGUACAUCUGGACUGGUGGUGUGAAGUCUGGCAACGGCUGGAGGUGGCUGAAUGGCGAACCUUUCCGUGUUACUGGUUGGUCACACACUGGAGGAGCUCAGCGACCUCAGCCUGACAACCGUGAGGGUGGUCGGGAGAACUGCCUGGCCGUCCUCAAUAACUUCUAUGGUGAUGGCAUCAAGUGGCAUGACGUGGCCUGUCACCAUGAGAAAGCUGUCAUCUGUGAACGUCGGGCUUAAUGCCUCUUCCUCCAACAUUUUUUUUUUACUCUUUCCCUUAUUUUCUUUCACUUUCUCCUGCUCUCUCCCUCUCUCAUUCCUCUCCCAGGUUCCUUCCGCCAUCUGUGACUGGGGAACACCAGAACUCUCUCAUCUUUUCCAUAUCGCUUGCGCUCGUUCUUCCCUCUACCUGCACAUUACAGGAUGCUUUCAAGAUUAUUUGUGUUUUCUGUUUCUUUAAUUUGAUUUUUUUAAGAAGAUCAGUGAUUCUUCAUCUCGGUUUGCAGACUGGGCAUCGUUGCUUCUGCAACUUGUAUCUUUUUGUAUAUGUUAAUAAUAAAAGUCUGAAAAGAGUCUCUCUCUCUCUCUCUCUCUCUCUCUCUCUCUCUCUCUCUCUCUCUCUCUCUCUCUCUCUCUCUCUCUCUCUCUCUCUCUCUCUCUCUCUCUCUCUCUCUCUCUCUCUCUAUCUAUCUUUCUCUCGGUUUAAUAAACAUCUUUAUUUCCUGGGUAGAGAGUACCAAGAAAGGCAUGUCCUUCCCCUCCGUUGUUCAGUGUUAAGGUCAACAUUUGCUUUUGUUCCCCCUAAAGAUAACAGUGAUAAUUAAGUACUCGUUUUCUAGCACCUUAAAAAAGUUAUAUUUCCUUGGAGCUUUGUUCAUCAUUCCUCUAGAACAAUGACAAUCUUACUUGCCAGAACCAUAAUCUUAUAUCACAAGUUCUGUAAAGUUCUGAUGACUGUGUGGAGGUAAGGCAAAAAGAUAGAAGUGAAAACAUCAGUUACCAACAGAACUUGUGAUACGUGAUUAAUUUUUUCCAGUCGACUCUGAGUUAUUUAAGAUAUUUAUUUAUCGAAAAUAUUGCUUUUGUAAAUUAACUUGUUACCAUUCGCAAGAUAAA